UACAGAGAAAACGAAACUAACUCCGGGGCUCCGUCUCCCGGAUGUUGAGACAGCAAUGGCUGCCGGCGGUCCGGUCAAAGAUCUCUGCGAGGAAGCUACCUGCGCCAUCUGCCUGGACUAUUUCAAGGACCCCGUCACGAUUGCAGCGUGCGGCCACAACUUCUGCCGAGCCUGCCUGACCCGCAGCUGGGGGGAGGCGGGAGCCGCCGAGCCUUCCUGCCCCCAAUGCAGAGGAAGAGCUCAGCCAAACAGCCUCCUGCCUAAUCAGCAGCUGGCCAACUUCGUGGAAAUCAUUAAGAAACUCUGCCCACAGGAGGGAAUGGAGGCAAAAGCAAAGCGGGGAGAAGGAAAGGGAGGACUCUGCAAGAAGCAUCAGGAACCCCUGGAACUUUUCUGCAAGGACGAGGAAGCCCCCCUCUGUGUGGUCUGCAGCAGAUCCAGGGAGCACAAAGAUCAUCGAGUGAUUCCUCUGGAAGAGGCUGUUCAAGAUAAUAAGAUAAUCUCAGCAGCUGGAAAGGUUCAAGUAUGUGAGAAACACCAGAAGCCCUUGAAGCUCUUCUGUAAAGAUGAUAACGCUCCCAUUUGUGUGGCUUGCGAUGGAUCCAAGGAGCACAAAUACCACGAGGUGAUUCCUCUGGAGGAGGCAGCCCAGGAAUAUAAGGAUGACAUCUGUAGCUUCCUUGAGGGUUUGAAGGAGGAGAGAGCAAAAAUUCUGGUGUUUAAAUCGAAUGUAGUAAAGGAAAGCCAAGACCUGCUGAAGCAAACAAAAGGAGACAAGCAAAAGAUAGUGGCUGAGUUCAGGCAACUACACCAGUUUUUGGAAAUACAAGAGAAACAUCUGCUAGCCCACAUGGAGGAGGUGGAGAAGGAGGUUGUGAGCGAAAGGGAUGACCACCUGGCCAGACUCUCCCAAGAACUUUCCUCUCUUGAAAGCCUCAUCCUGGAGGGGAAGAGGAAGAUUCAGCAGCCACCCUGUGAACUCCUGCAGGAUAUCAGAACCACUUUGCAGAGACUUGAGGGAAAAGAGAAAUUUGUUACUCCAGUGGUUUUUGCACCUAUUCUGAAGUGGAAGAUCUGGGAUUUCUGGGAUAUCGGUCCCUUUCUGGAGGGUGUCAUGAAGCAAUUCAAAGACACUCUGGUCUCCGGGCUUCAGCAGCAGAAAGCAAAUGUGACUUUUGAUCCAAACACGGCCCACCCCUUACUCAUCCUGUCUAAGGGUCAGAAAAGCAUGAGAGAGACAGAGAACCGUCAAAAUCUGCCCAACAAUCCUGAGAGAUUUGAUGUCUUUGUUUCUGUGUUGGGAUGUGAGGGGUUCACUACAGGCAGGUAUUUCUGGGAAAUCAUUGUGGGCCAUGAACAAGAAUGGGCUGUGGGGAUUGCCAGAAAGUCUUUAACGAGGAAGGGCGAAAUCAACUUUAGUCCUGAGGGAGGGAUCUGGGCUGUGGGGAAGGUGGCUGCUGGUUAUGUGGCUUUCAGUCAUCCUCAGAGACAUCCUCUUGCCCUGAAUGGGGGGCUCAAAAGGAUCCGAGUAACUCUGAACUGUGAUGCGGAGCAGGUGGCUUUUUUUGAUGCUGACACAGCAGUCCUUCUCUACACAUUCUCAGGAGCCUCUUUCUCUGGAGAGACCCUCCUGCCCUUCUUUCGUGUGCGUGAAAAAGGCCACCUCAGACUCCCUCUUUAAAACGCUUUUAAAAAUCUUCACAGCCAAUCAAAUGUCCCAUGGCUGAAGCCUCAUCAGUCCACAUCCACUUUUUAGAAACACUUGGCUGGCACCAGAAAAGGUGUCAGCGGGUACCAUGUGGGGAACCCCUGAUGUUUUACCUCUAGGUGCCAGCUUCCUGACCUACUCAAUCAUGGCAAAAUAAGCUCUCCUUCCUUGGAAGUUUUUAAACAGAGGUUGGAUGUCCAUCUGAAAGCAAUGAAGAUCCUGUGAAUUUAGGGGGAGGUAUUUGUGAGUUUCCUUCCUUGUGCAAGGAGGGUUGGACUAGAUGAUUCUGGAGGUCCCUUCCAACUCUUUGGUUCUAUGAUUUUAAGCUUCUGUGCUGCAAUUUCUCAUAGCAGUCUCCUCCUCCCCUCCCAAUUUCCAAUGGAUGUCAUACAAACUAGGCUCCCAAAGUAAUAGUGAUCUGCUUGUAAAGGAAAGUGAUCAGUGAAUGAGACAGAGCAAUCCAGAAGGGCACUUUGAUAUGGGAGUGGAUACUGCAUUACCUUGUGCCUUUGCAAUCCCACAUCCUGCAUUUCUAGCACUAUGCCAACCUGGGCAGUUGGCUGUCAUUCGAGUUUGUGUUCCUUCCUUUGCAUUGGUCAGUUGCACUGUGUAUUAUAUAUCUUACCCUGGGGGUCCCCAACCUUCUUGUCCCUGCAGGCACCUUUAGAAUUCUGACACAUGGUGAUGGGUGAGGUGAUAAAAUGGCUACCUUCCAAUAUAUGGCUGCAUAUGACUUUUUUAUUCUGUUAUUUCUUUAUCUGUUUAUUGCCUUAUUUAUAAUCUGAUAUAUGCUGGCGCCCAAAGUUAAAAGCCUAGGGGUGCUCUUGGAUCCUUCUUUAACAGUGGAGGCCUAAGUUGCUGCCACUGCCAGGUCAGUCCUUUACCAUCUGCGGAUGGCAAGGCAGUUGGUCCCCUUUCUCGAAUGCGACAACUUGGCAACAGUGAUCCAUGCUACAGUCACCUCGAGACUGGAUUACUGUAAUGCUCUCUACAUGGGGCUGCCCUUGUUCCAAAUCUGGCGACUCCAGCUAGUGCAGAAUGCUGCAGCCAGGCUGCUUAUGGGAGUUCCUUUACGGGAACACAUUCAGCCUGUGCUGAAAGCGCUGCACUGGCUACCGAUAAUGUACCGGAUUCGCUUCAAGGUGCUGGUUAUUACCUUUAAAGCCCUGCAUACCUUAGGGACCGCCUUUCCCUGCACAUGCCCCAGCGAGCUCUUAGGUCCGGGUCUCAAAACCUGUUGACAGUUCCCAGCAUCAGAGAAGCGAAGCUCAAAACAAUGAGAGCCAGGGCCUUUUCCGUUGCUGCCCCUAGCUGGUGGAAUGAGUUGCCGGAGGAGGUUAGGGCCCUGCGAGAGCUCUUACAGUUCCGCAAGGCCUGCAAAAUGGCACUUUUCCACGAGGCAUUUACAUGAAUGGUAACAUCUGCAGCAAUGGGACUGGCCCAUAGAACACCACCAAUGGCCUACUUCACUGCACUGUGGAGAUCCUGAGACCUCUGAGUAUAGCUAACCACCAGAACUUAAAUCGCUGCCUGAAAUUAUGAUAGUAGCACAUGCAAUUGUUUUAAAUUAUUUUUACAUUUUAUGUUUUUAUUGUUGUUUAUUGUAUCAGUCACACAAAUGUGUUUGCGUCGACCCUUGGUUUGUGAGCCGCCCUGAGCCUGCCUUUGGUGGGGAGGGCGGGAUAUAAAUUAAAUUAAUAAAUAAUAAAUAAAUUUGCCAAUAAA